AUGGAUUGGAGAGCGUUUUUGCCGUUGAUAGUUCUGGCAACUCUAACGGCAGCAGCAGAGGUCAAUCCUUGCGAUCCACAAUGUGUGACGUUCGAAGAAAUCAACACUCUUUGGGCCCACGAAGAUCCCGAACUGUACUGGCAGUGCGAUCCCCUGGAAGAGGAUCUGUGGAUUCCGGUUAUUAGAAUCUGUGCUCCGGAGACAUUGUUCAGUUUCCGACAGCAGACGUGCGUUCAUCCAGAUGAUUGGGAGGAAAAUUGCGUUACUUCAGAUGGUGGUGACGAAGAUCCGGAUGAUAAGGAUCCCGAUGAUGAAGACCCAGGUGGCGAAGAUCCUGAUAGUGAAGAUCCAGAUAGUGAAGACCCGGAUGGCGAAGACCCGGGUGGUGAAGAUCCGGAUGACGAAGAUCCCGAUGGCAAAGAUCCCGAUGGUGAAGACCCGGAUGGCGAAGGCCCGGAUGGUGAAGACCCCGAUGAUGAUGACUCUGGAGAAACCGAUCCAGACGAUAACGAUCCAAACGAUCCUGAGAAUGACGUAGAUCCUUGCAUUCCACGUUGUGCAACCUUCCAGGAGAUCAACACUCUAUGGGCUCAUGAAGAUCCUGAACAUUACUGGCAAUGCGACCCAUUAGAGGAAAAUGUAUGGAUUCCCGUUCUAAGAAUUUGUGCUCCAGAAACACUGUUUAGCUUCCGACAGCAAACAUGCGUUCAUCCAGAUGAUUGGGAGGAGGUUUGCCCUCCUUCUGGCGGUGAGACUACUCCUGAUGAUGAUGAUAAUACCGAUCCAGGAGAUCAAGACCCUGGAGACGAAGAUCCUGAUGACGAAGAACCUGAUGAGACAGAUCCAGAUGAUAAAGACCCAGAUGAUGGCGAUGAAACCGAUCCGGACGAUAAUGAUCCCGGGGAUGAAGAUCCUGGUGACGAAGAAUCUGGCGAAACUGAUCCAGAUGAUGAAGACCCGGAUGAUAAAGACCCUGAUGGUGAAGAUCCUGAUGACACGGAUCCCGACGAUCCAGAUGACGAGGACCCUGAUGAAACUGAUCCAGAUGACAACGACCCAAACGAUCCUGAGAAUGAUGUAGAUCCUUGCGUUCCACGUUGCGUAACCUUCCAGGAGAUCAACACACUAUGGGCCCACGAAGAUCCUGAACAUUACUGGCAAUGUGAUCCGUUAGAGGAACAUAUCUGGAUUCCCGUUCUUAGAAUUUGUGCUCCAGAAACACUAUUUAGUUUCCGACAGCAAACAUGUGUUCAUCCAGACGAUUGGGAGGAAGUUUGCCCUCCUUUUGGUGGUGAAACUACUCCUGACAAUGGCGAUAAUACUGAUCCAGAAGAUCAAGAUCCUGGAGACGAAGAUCCUGAUGACGAGGAACCUGACGAGACAGAUCCAGACGAUAAAGAUCCAGAUGAUGGUGAUGACACCGAUCCGGACGAUAAAGACCCUGGAGUCGAAAACCCAGAUGAGGAGCAUCCUGGCGAAACAGAUCCAGACGAUGAUAAAGACCCUGAUGAUGAAGAUCCUGAUGAUUCAGAUCCCAACGAUCCAGAUGACAAAGACCCCGAUGAUACCAAUCCAGAGGACAAAGAGCCAGAUGACGAAACCCCAGAUGACGAUGAUCUUUGUCCGGAGCCUUCCUGCGUUACAUUCGAGGAAAUAAACACUCUCUGGGCGGUGCCGGAUCCGAAUUUCUUCCUCCAGUGUAGACCUACUCAAAACCCACCGGUGUGGGUUCUUCAGCAAAUGCCCUGCGCUCCCGGAACCUGGUUUAGCUUCCGCAUUCAAGUGUGCGUUUUCCCCGAGGAUUGGCGUCCUUGCGUGGGCCAACUUUCGCCAGCCAUUCCGAAAGACAUCCGAGACUACACAACUGUUGACGAUGGCUACUUCAAUCCGGUGGCUUGUCCGUGUGCGGUUUCGGAAUCAUACUGUUCGUGUGUAGAUCACCAACCGCCAGUGCCGAAGGAUGUCGUCUGUGGUGUUCCAAAAUGUGACUCAGAGCAAAACAAGCGAGUUCUUUGGCCCGGUUCCACAGGAGAUAGUUUCUACCAGUGCGUCUCGGAUGAAACGCAGGUGCCGAAAACGAUCGGAUUGCACUGUUCUUUGGGCAUGUUGUUUGAUUUCCGUUUACAGCGGUGCAUUCAUUGGGCAAAGGGUAUUACCACCUGUUCGGUAAGAUUGGCACAUGAUCAGUUUUAA